UCAUAGCGACAACGAGCAAAGUACACUACAUGUGCGACCCUUUGUUUUAAAUAGAUCACUGGCGCAAAUUAAAGAUGAAUUUAGGAGAAAGUGAGUUUUUUAUUAGUGCCCGAAGCACAAUUGCAAGGACCAUCAAGUGAGGAAUCUGUAAUUGUUUUUCCUGGUUGGUCCAUGAUCAUGAAAGCUACCAACAACUAUAACAAUAAUACAACACUAUCUUCACUAUUGAGAACGAGCAAAGUUCAUUCCCCAAAACUCACACUUGCCUUGCUUAAAAUGGAAAAUCUCGAAACUGUGCAAGUUGAGGAUGAGUGGUUGUACGUCAAAUUUGGAGAACAUGGGAGAAGGUUCUAUUAUUUGUGGCUGAGGGAUAAUUGCAAGUGCGAAAAAUGUUACAGUACAUUUUACAACCAAAUUCUCUUUAACAUUCUGGACAUCCCCUCGGAUAUCAAACCAAUUAGCUGUGAGAUCGUCAAGGAUAAAUUACUUAUAAUCUGGAUGGACAAGCACAAGACCGAAUAUGAAAUGAAAUGGUUAGAAAGUAUUACGUUUCCUCUUAAACAUGCUUUAAAAACGAUUUUGUGGGACAGGAAAGUAGUUCCGAAGAAGAUCCCCCUUGAAUUCUAUUUGAACGACAAGGAUGGUCUCAAGUCCCUAAUCAGUGCUGUAACAACAUAUGGAUUUGGUAUUGUCACAGGGGUUCAAAAUACAUUAGAGGCGACUGAAAGUGUAGUGAGACAUCUAGCAUCCGUCCAGAAAACCUACUUUGGAGAAAUGUGGAAAGUUACCACCGAUAGUUCGUGCAACGAUACAUCUACAACGAACGUUGCAUUACUGCCACACAACGAUAAUACAUAUUGGAGUAACGCGGCAGGCUUGCAGGUUUUCCAUUUACUGAAUCGCAAUGGUGAAGGUGGGCAUACGAUUCUGGUCGACGGUUUUAACAUCGCCGAGAAAGUACGGAAGAGAAACGUCGACUCCUUCAACUUGCUGUGCAAUUCGGCGAUCGAAUCCCAUUUUAUCGAUAAAGAUCAGCAUUACUUUUGCACAGAUCCCGUGAUCAAACUCCACAGCGCCACGAAGCAGCUUCAUCAAAUUCGAUUUAACGUUUAUGACCGAUCACCACUGGUGUCGCUGCCGGAAGGGGACAUUCCCAGGUACUAUGAAGCUUAUAAGUUAUUCGCGAGCGAGGCGUUCGAUCGCGAAAAUCAAUACGAAAUUCAAUUGGAACCAGGCGAUGUCAUCUUCAUUGAUAAUUGGAGGGUGUUACACGGCCGUAGGGAAUUUAUGGGCACAAGGGAGCUCGGGGGAUGCUAUGUGUCCAGAGAUGACUACCUAAGUCGUGUUAAGCAGUUCUAUCCAACGAUCAAUUAAAUUUUACUAAAACUACCUUAUUUUACAAUGAUUAAACGGAGCUCCAUUUCUCCGAAA